AUGCAUACAGACUUUAUGAGCAAGCCAAAAGCAAAGAGAACUUUAUUCACCGAAGAAGAAGACCAAAAAUUGUUUAAGCUGGUUAAGAGUUCCAGCAAUUGCCUUAAUUGGAAAACAAUUGCUAUUGACAUGAAAGGAAAAACCGCUCGACAAUGCCGUGAAAGAUACAAUAAUUAUCUCGACCCAAAAUUAAAGCAUAGUGAAUGGUCACCAAGCGAAGAUGAAUUAAUUAUCUCUCAGUACUCUCAAUUAGGAAACUCUUGGCAAAAAAUUGCUGAUCUCCUCUAUGGGAGAACAGCAUCUGCUGUCCGUAAUCGUUUAUUCUACCUACUUCGAAAAUCUAAGUUCAACUCAAAAAGCGAUUCCAGUACUGAUUCUGAUAACGACACAAAAAAUGAAAUGGAGUUGAUGUCAAAAUUCCCUUAUUAUGUUGAUUUUCGGGUUCCUUUAAUAGAUAUUCCUCAGGAUAGCAUCUUUUUCCAAAAUGCUUAA